AUGACCAAACACAAAGUGUUUUCGAAAAAGGCCAAAACUAACCUUACACACCUUUACCUUAACGAUAAGAAUAUGACCAAAAUUAACAACAUUUACCCAACGAAAAACAUUCUGGUCCUAUAUCUGCACAACAACCAGCUGAGCAAAAUUGAAAAACUAAGCGCCUUUACACACCUCACGCACCUUUACCUGCAGUGGAACAAUCUGCGCAAGAUAGAAAAUCUGGACAGUUUGAAAAAUUUAAAGCAACUCUACCUUGGCUACAACAAGAUAACACGAUUGGAAAAUUUAGGCAACCUCAAGAAGCUAGAACAGCUCCACAUCGAGCGUCAGCAGCUGGAUGGGACGGUACGGUUCGACUUUGACCCGGAAUGUCUGUGUGCACUGGCGAACCAUUUGAAGGUGUUGAACAUUAAAAAGCUGAAGCUCGCCAACGUGGACGCACUGGAACCGUUGUGGAAGUUGGAAAUUCUGCUCGCCUCGGAGAAUAACUUCAAAUCCACGGACGACAUAACGCCCGUCAUUAGUGCGCUGUAUUCGCUGCGAGUGCUCGAUCUGCAGGGUUGUUCGGCUCAGCGCGAUGUACACUACCGGGAGAAGGUCACGGCAGCCGCUGGUCAUAAGCUUUUACUUCUGGACGGUAAGAUGAUAUCGCAGUCGACGAGAAACUUCAUCAAAAACUUCCAAACCGUCAAGUUGGAAAAGCAGCGUCGAGCGAGCGAAAAGCCCAAGACAGCGGACACCAGCACCAACUCCAAAUCGUCCUUCGAAAGUGUCAGCGAACGUAGCAACGGUACCGGCGGCUUCGUCGACCCGUUCAGUGGCGUGCUGCCGCACAAGUUCCCGGGCAACUCACUGUUCCAGGUGUCGACACGACGGCCCGUCUGCACGCGAGUUCUUCGCAAGCCCGUCAAAUCGCCGCUGCUCACGAAAACCAUGUCGGCCAACUUUUGUGACGAGAUGGCAUUCCGCUCGAACGAGCUGCAUCCAGCGACGACCGUGGUCAUGCUGCAGGGCAAAGAGAUUAAGGCGGGCACGCCGGUGUUUAAGGAUAAGUUGCGUGCUCAUCGGAAGAUACAAUCAUUGCCCACGAUCGAUCACUAG